AUGAGCGACGACGAAGACUACCGGAUCGACGACUCUGAUUUGGCUGACGAUGAACAGCUAAAGAAUUUCUUACCAACAUCGUUCGGCAAGAAGUCUGAAGGGCCUGACAUCGACGCGCAAAUAGAACAUACAAGACGACUGGCAUGGAAGACCAACAAUUCUGGAAAGAAGGAAAAGGGGGUAAAGGGGAAGGAUGAUACGAAGAGCUCUACUUCCGAGAAAGGUGACGAUUCCGACUCUGAAUCCAACUCCGACUCCUCAGACGACGACGACGACGACACCGACAAGUUUCCUCUCUCCCACGAACUCGUUUUCAAGUCACACGAGAAAGCAAUCACAAGCUUGUCUGUUGACGCGGGGGGGUCACGGACGGUGACUGGUUCGCGCGACUGCACAGUCAAGUUGUACGAUUUUGCCUCCAUGACACCAACAACAUUGCGGGCCUUCAAGAGCAUCGAUCCUUGGCAGGGCAAGGCGUCGGCAUCGACGGAGUCGCAUCCCGUGAACCACGUGUCGUUUCACCCGCUCUCUGCGAACGUUAUUCUCUGCAUAACGGCACAUCCUCAAGCCAAGAUCCUGUCACGCGACGGCGCAGUUCUGACCGAGUUUGUCAAGGGCGACAUGUAUUUAAGAGAUAUGCACAACACCAAGGGCCACGUGGGAGAGAUCUCCACAGGUGCCUGGCACCCGACCGACAGGGAGGUUUGCGUGACGGCCGGCGCCGACAGUACGCUGCGUAUAUGGGAUGUAAAUAACAAGCGCAGCCAAAAGGAGGUCAUUGUGUUCAAGUCCAGGGCAGCUGGGUCGGCAGGACGGUCCCGCAUGACUGCUGUGGCAUGGGGGGCUCCGGCGCAAGGUAGCGGGGUUGGGGGCAGCAGUGUUCUGGUCGCGACCGCUCUCGACGGCUGUCUGGUCAUGUACAGCGGCAACGGACCCUUCUCACGACCGACAGCAGAGAUUCGCGACGCUCACAAGCCGGGCACGUGGACAGGAGGCGUGGACAUCAGCGCGGACGGACGCAUGGUGGUGACCCGCGGAGGUGACAAUCUAAUCAAGCUGUGGGACACGCGCAAGUUCAAGCAGCCGCUCGUGACGGUUGCUCACGAGUCCACGUCGGACCGCUUCCACAUGACCAGCAUCAAGUACGGGCCAAAUAGCACGAGCAUCAUUACGGGGUCUGCGACAGGGGAUCUGCAUGUUCUCAACCCCGGAAACCUGCGCCCCGAAGUGGUGACCCCGGUGACGCCCGGCUCGGCGCUCAUCGUGGCGGACUGGCAUCCCAAGCUCAACCAGGUGCUCACCGGCUCGGUUAACGGCGAAAUGCACGUGCUCUUCGACCCGGAGCGCUCGUUCCGCGGUGCUGCCGACAUUGUGCGGCGGGCGCCCAAGAAGAGGCAUAUUGACGACGACUCUACGCUCACAAUGGACCAGGACAUUGGCAUCUCUGGCGACGCCAUCGUGGUGCCUGGCGCGCAGCCCCGCGGACGGCGCACUGGGGUUUCCGCCUCAGGAAAGUCCUACGACCCACGGCGGCCCCAGAUGCCGAACAUCCCGCUUAGCCGCAUGCUGCAUGAGGACCCGCGCGAGGCGUUGCUAAAGUAUGCUGACAUCGCGAAAAAGGACCCUAUCUUCACGGGCGCAUACAAAAACACGGCGCCAGUGACAGAGUAUGCAGAGCUUAGUGACGACGAGGUCGAGCAGCCCGACAAGAAGAAAGCGAGGCGGUAA